AAGUGAAAUGGCAGCCAAGCCGACGACUGUGAAGACGCCGCCCCCUGCCGCGGAGGACUCUGUGCAGAAGCCAGGAUGCGACCUCAAGGAGGAGCGCAGCUGCAAUGACAUCUUCUUCGCCAUCCUGUACCUUGGAUGCUUUGGCUUGGUCAUUGCGCUCUUUGCCAUGUACGGUGGUGAAGUGCUCACCUACAACGGCGAUGAGUUGAAGCAAAAGCAACACAAGUAUCGGUAUGCACUGCAAAUUUGCGCUGGCAUUGCUGGUGCGUCGGUGGUACUUUCCAUGGUGUGGACGGGAAUCAUGUUGGUCAUGGGGAAGUUGCUCAUUUGGAUCGCGGCCAUCGUCGCUAUCGUGGGUGUGUUUGCUGCGGGCGUCUUGGGUUCGUACUUUAUGAAGGAUGGUGGCGAUAACACGUUCUUUUGGGUACCUGCCACGUUGGGUACGCUUUUGGCGCUCAUUCUCACGAUCUACGUGUGCUGCAUCCGCCGCCGCAUUGCAUUUGCAUCGGUCAACUUGAAGAUUGCGUGUCGUGCCGUGUUGACGUACCCGGUGCUGCUCCUGAUUGCGUUUGGUAUGACGAUCGUGAUUGCGUUGUGGUGCCUCGUGUGGUCGGCCGCGACAUACGCCACGAUGAACCACGGCGAGUACAUCUUGAGCCAAGUCCCCGGCUUGAACGUGUCGGCCAACUUGAACCCCGACGGAUACGGCAACACCGAGCGCUUCAGCAUCUUCUUUGGGAUGCUGCUCGUGUUUUUCUGGACAGUAUUUGUCGUGCGCAACAUCGUGCACGUGACUGUGUCAGGCACCGUGGCCUCAUGGUGGUACAACUCGGACGAGAACCGCAAGCCUAUGACGAGCACGACGGCGCUGUGUCGCGCGAUGACGUUGUCGUUCGGGUCCAUCUGCUUCGGAUCGUUCAUCGUGUCUGUGAUCGAAACCAUCAAGGCAAUCAUCAUGUUUUUCCGCCACCUCGCGUCCAAGAGCCAGAAUUCCGUCGCCGUGUGCCUUCUCGGCUGCCUCGAGUGCAUCAUUGGAUGCAUUAGCCGCCUCGUCCAGUACUUUAACAAGUACGCGUACUCGUACGUGGGUAUCUACGGCUUCAGCUUCCUCCGCUCGGGCAAGGAAACGUGGGAACUCUUUGACAAGAUGGGCUGGUCCGCCAUCGCGAACGAUUCGCUCAUCGACAACGUGCUUAUGGUCGGUGCCAUCAUGGUCGGAUUCACCGGCGCCGCCGCCGGCAACUGGGCCGUGAGCUACGAUAAACACCACAACAACAGUGUGUGGACACAGAACCUGUCGCAGCCGGCGCUCACGCUUGGCACGUCCGGGUUCUUGAUCGGGUUUGCCAUCUGCUACAUCGUCAUGAGCGUGAUCAACUCGAGUGUUGCGACAGCGUUCGUCUUGUUCGCGGAAGACCCGCAGUCCCUCCAACGGUCACAUCCGGACGACCACAACGAUUUGCACGCAGCGUGGAAGGAAAUCUACCCCGUCGAAUAUGCCGCCAGCAGCAACCAAGGCGGCGCCCCGCCCGCUGGCAGCAGCAAGCCCACGCAACAUGUGUAGAAGCCACAGCAUUCGUGCUUGUUUCAUAUUGGUUUUACAGUGUUAGUUCAUACUAGGAAUCCUUCCCUGGACUGAUCAUAUCGUUGCUUACUACUACUAUGGGUAUACUGUACUGGAACUCUCGAGCGUUGCAGUACUUUCUGUAAGAACAUCUCCACAUGAUCUAUA